AUGAGCCGCGUCGAAAAGCGUCUGAAAUCGGCCCGCUCGCGCCCAGUGUCCUGUCAGUUUUGUCGGUCGCGGAAAUUGCGAUGCAGCCGACAGUUCCCUUGCCCGAAUUGCACUAGUCGCGGUAUCACCUGUGAUGUGGAUGCGCCAACAGCUGCGUCAAUCAACGGAGCUCUCGAGCAAGCCACCGAUACACCGUCGGGUACAUUCCAGCAAGGUGUCCUAUCGCGUUUGCAAAGAUUAGAAGAAAUCGUGAUAAGCCAGGGUGAACCUUCAAAUACUCCCUCUAUCCAAACGGGUUCACAACCAUCACCGCCUGCACUACGAACAGGCGAUUUCUUUACCGGAGAACAAUAUAAUUCGCUUGAUCUCAACUGGAUCGAAGGGGAGGUCACAUACCCCACCACAAUGAGCUCCCUUGUGUCUUAUGAGCUGGUGUUCAAGACAUGCUGCAUCAAAUCAGCGGGCCUUUCUGACUUGGUAGUGUACCAAACAUCCCCGGGGGAUAUACCGACGCGAACCAUCUGGCUUCCACUCUAUGAGGAAGCAAAACAGAUUGUCGACAAAUACCUUACGGAGAUCACAUAUAUUCACCACAUAGUCCAUGCCCCAUCCGUGCGUGCAAUGGUCGAGGAUCUCUAUCAGAAUCUCAAUAAUCAAAAGCCCAUCAAAAUUGGCCAAGUGUCUCUUCUCCUGGCGAUCUUAGCCAGUACUACUUUCUUCUGGACGGAGCGUGACAUGGACACGCCCGUAUUUUCCUCGGUCGAAGAAACCAACGGCCAGUUCACGAUGUGGGCAAAGCUUGCCCUUGAGGUGUUAGAGUACUCUCGCCGUACACGCUCUGAUUCCCUCGAGGAUGUGCAAGCGACCAUCAUCGUGUGUUUUGCCAUCUGCAACGUCGUCGGAAUCACAUCGCAAGUCCGAUAUCUCUUCUAUACGGCCAACUCGGUGGCAUGGCAACUGGCCCUGCAUCGUAUUGACCAUCCACACAAUGCGAAAAAUACAGAACAUGAAUUUCUAUCUCCGAACACCGUGCGUGCAGAAAUCGGAAGACGAGUGUGGUGGUAUCUUGUUGCGUCAGACUGGCAGGUAUCGCAAUUCGCAAGCCCCCAGAAGGGAAUAUAUUCGAUCAAUCCGCAGCACAUGGCCACCAACAAGCCUCUCAAUGCAAACGACGAAGAUCUCGUCGAUGGGAUAGAAGGCGUCGGCAAGCCCAUCAACCAACCCACUUCCAUGUCGUACUCCCUUCAACGAAUUCGACUAGGAGAACUGUGUCGAGAAAUCUGUGACAGUAUUCCAUUUACAGAGAUUGGAUCCGAAGAAGCAGGGUAUGAACGAAUGCGAGACAUCGACAUGAAACUUCGCGAAAUGGCGCAUACUUUACCACCAUUUUUCUCCUUGGACUUUAACAGCAAUGAACUUCCCGAGACAGACCAACGCAGGGCGCCCGGCAUCAUUAUUCAGCGAUACAUCAUCAACUCCCUACUCCAUGCACAGAGAUGCAGAUUACAUUUGCCGUACCUGUCACGAGCCGCGGCGGAUCCGACGUACGCUUAUUCGAGGGAUGCAUGCAUGGAGGCCGCGCGUAUGGUCAUUCGCACCGAGCGACAACUGGCAACAGAAAAUCUUCCUUUUGUAUUGGCACGCCUGAAAUGCUCGGGUAUGUUGCACUGCGUUUGCAUUGCCAUCAUCGUCCUCUUGAUGGAUCUGUGUCGCAAAAAAAGCCCGCAGUCCGAGGGUGACCGAGAUAGUCGAGUGGAGAUCUACAAUGCAUUUGGCAUCCUGGAAGAGGCCCGGGACCAGUCGCCCUUCGCCGAGAAGAUCCUGGAGUCAUUCUAUGCUAUUCUCCGCCGACAUAAUAUCCCCAUCUCGGGUAGCGAAGGCAAGCCGGUAGCCCGACCAGGCAAUAGCAGCGAGCAGGCAGCGAAACAACCUAUAAAUAAGUCUGUACCGCGCAAAAGCACCGAAAUGACCGAAGGUGCGCCUGAUCCGAGCCUUCCGUCAUUCGAUGACCUCUGGCAGGCCUUUGACACCAAUGUGGAUCCUUCAUCUCUCGUGGACUGGAAUACGCUCUUCUCCGAGCUGGACUCUCCUUUUGUGUCGAUGUGA